AGGGAGGAGCAGGGGGCGGAGCCGAGGCUGACAGCGAUGCGGAGUGCGGUCACACCCGGAGCUCCCGGUCGCCUCUGAUGGAGCUCUUCCAGUCCCAGGAACAUUACAUCGUCCAGAGCGGGGACCGGGCCUUGUGGUGCAGCCGCCGGGAUGGGGCUCUGUCCACCCGACCAGCCACUGACCUGCUCCUGGCUUGGAAUCCCAUCUGUCUGGGAUUGGUGGAAGGAAUAAUCGGAAAGGUACAGCUGCAUGCUGAUCUGCCUUGGUGGUUGCUGCUCAUCCGUCAGAAAUCCCUCAUCGGUGUCCUUCCCAAGGGCCAUGAGAUCUACAAGAUCACCAAGAUUGCAGUCGUCCCGCUGUCUACGGCUGAGCCGCAAGACCUGGAGCUGGAUCUGUGUAAGAAACAUCAUUUCGGUAUCAACAAACCAGAGAAGAUCAGUCAUUCUCCAGACGACUCCAAAUUCCUUAUGAAGACCUUCACACAGAUCAAAUCCAAUGUCUCUGCUCCCAAUAAGAAGAAGGUGAGGGAAAGUAAGGAGAGGGAGAAGCUUGAGCGGAGGCUGCUGGAUGAAUUGUUCAAAAUGUUCAUGGACUCGGACUCCUUCUACUACAGCUGGACCUACGACCUGACCAACACUGUGCAGAGGCAGAGCACAAGUGAAAAGACUGGGCUACCGCUAUGGCAGAAGGUGGAUGAGCGAUUCUUCUGGAACAGACACAUGCUGCAGGAUCUCAUAGAGCUCCAGGACCAGCAGGGAGGACACUGGAUCCUGCCCAUCAUACAAGGCUUCGUUCAGAUAGAGGAGCUGGUGGUGAACUAUAACGAGUCUUCAGAUGAUGAGAAGAGCAGCCCAGAGACCCCUCCUCAGGAAAACGUGUGUGUGGAUGACAUACACCCCCGAUUCCUGGUGGCCAUCUUCUCCCGAAGGAGUCGACACAGAGCAGGAAUGAGAUACAAGCGUCGUGGAGUGGAUAAAUCUGGGAAUGUGGCAAACUAUGUGGAAACAGAGCAGUUCAUCCACGUCCACAAUCACACCCUGUCCUUUGUACAGACCCGUGGCUCUGUGCCAGUCUUCUGGAGCCAAGUGGGGUAUCGCUAUAAUCCACGUCCUCGUCUAGAUAAAGGUGAGAAGGACACCAGCCCAUAUUUCUGCCUUCACUUUAAUAAAGAACUUGAGAUCUAUAAGAAGCAGUUUAUUCUUAAUCUUGUGGAUCAGGCUGGUAGAGAGAAGAUCAUUGGUGAUGCCUACCUGAAGCAGGUCUUGAUGUUUAAUUGCCCCAGUCUCACCUACAUCAGCUUUGACUUUCAUGAACAUUGCCGUGGGAUGAAGUUUGAGAACGUGCAGACGCUGACGGACGCCAUCGGUGAUAUUAUAACUGACAUGAAGUGGUGUUGGGUGGAUCAGGCUGGAGUCAUCUGCAAGCAGGAUGGUAUUUUUCGGGUGAACUGUAUGGACUGCCUGGAUAGGACCAAUGUGGUUCAAGCUGCCAUCGCUCGUGUUGUCAUGGAACAUCAGCUAAAGAAACUUGGUGUGAUGCCCCCUGAGCAGCCUCUGCCAAUGAAAUGCUAUCGGCUCUACCAGAUUAUGUGGGCAAACAACGGAGAUUCCAUAAGCAAGCAGUAUGCAGGCACAGCCGCGCUAAAGGGGGAUUUCACUCGCACUGGAGAGAGGAGACUGGCUGGUGUAAUGAAGGACGGAGUAAACUCUGCCAAUCGAUAUUACCUAAACCGGUUCAAAGAUGCGUACCGACAGGCUGUGAUAGAUCUGAUGCAGGGGGUCCCAGUGACAGAAGAUCUUUACUCCAUAUUCACUAAAGAGAAGGAACACGAGGCUCUCCACAGACAGAGCCAGAGGAACCACCAGGAGCUCAUCAGCCAGCUGCUUCAGAACUACAUGCAGAUCCUGUUGCCGGACAGUGAGAAGUUCCAUGGCGGCUGGGCACUUAUCGACUGCGACCCCAGCCUCAUUGAUGCCACUCACAAAGAUGUUGAGGUCCUCCUGCUGCUCUCAAAUUGUGCUUAUUAUGUGGCCUACUAUGAUGAUGAGGUGGACAAAGUGAACCAAUAUCAGCGCUUAAGUUUGGAUGACUUGGAAAAGAUUGAGAUUGGCCCUGAACCUACCUUUUUUGGGAAGCCCAAAUUCUCAUGUAUGCGGCUGCACUACAGACACAAGGGGAUCAGCGGCUACUUCCACACAUUGAGGGCUGUGGCCCGGAGCCCCGAAGAAGAUGGAAAAGACACAUUGCUGUGUAUAGCGGAGAUGCUGCGGAUUACCAAACAAGCCAUGGAGUCAGAUGUCCCCAUCGUUGAGAAGAAACUAGAGAGGAAGAGCAGCAAACCUCAUGAGGAUAUAAUGGGGAUCAAUUCCAAAAGCCAGAAAUUAGGGAUGAACAGCAUGGGCCUCACUCAGAGCAAGAACUUCUUGAUGAGUAAAUUUUCCUCCCUUAACCAGAAAGUCAAACAAACCAACAUUGGAAGUCUUCGGAAGUUAGGUACAUUCAACAAAGCAGAAGUGAAGGGCUUCCUUAAACCCAACCUGCAGGUCAACCUGUGGAAAUCUGACAGCAGCCUAGAAAAUCCCAGUUCAGAGACCAAAGAUCACACAGAGUCAGACUUGGAACUCUCGUCAGACAGCGACUCUUUUCAUUCCGAUGACUACAUUCCUAAAUCGGAUGACGAUAGGCAGAUCACAGGCUCCCUAGAGAACAUUGACUAUGUACUACCUAGCUGUGGCAUCAUCGCGUCUGGCCCACGAUUAGGCAGCCGAUCGCAUUCUGUCAGUAGCGCUGAGGUAAACCUUCACAUUCCUACCGAGAUCCAGGUAACCCAGUGUGAAGCAUCACCGGAAGAGAAUGUUCUCAUAGAUUUUGGAACACCGAUUGCUGCUUACUGCCACCAGUUUGUCCACGAUGCCCAGACCAAAGAUGGUGACUGCAAGGGUGGUGGUGCUGAUACUAAAGAACAAAUGGGCCAUGUAUUAUUGAGCAAUAAUUCCUCACAAACGGCAUCUACUGUAAUGGACCCAGAAACGGAGCAACUUUCUCGGCCUUCACAGCUUGAGGUAUCGGGAAACGACGCUGGCUCCAGAUUGUCUGUAGACCUUUCGGCAACCUCUGGCCGGUCCAGCCCUGGAUCUGGAGCUUCUCCAGGCGACAGCAAUGGCAGUAGAGCCGUCUCACCCUUUGCCAAGAUCCGCAGUUCUGUAGUCCAAGUGGCAAACAUCACUCACGCUGGACUGGCACAAGGGAUUAAUUUUGCUGUGGCUAAAGUGCAGAAGUCUCCAGAACCCGAAACUGUUCCAGCCCAGAUACCAAAUGACUUCAAAGACCUGUUCACACAGUGUCAGACACGAAUUAUACAAAUCUAAUGAAGUUGGUGCCGCAAUUCCCAUCCAUAUAUACGGCAUCACUUCCAAGAAUGUUUACAUUUUUUUUUGCUAUAGAUCGGAAUAAUAUCAAACCGGGAGCCGGGUGAACCAACACUAUUGUAUUCAGACUAUUCCUUCAACUUCUGUGUUUUGUUUUUCUUAGUAGCAAAAGCACUGUAUUUUAGUUACUAUUUAUUUUUUAGACUUUUAUAUCUAUUGUUACCUGUGAGAUGCUGUAUAUCAUUGUGUCACGGACACCUUUUUCCCAUUUGCACAGUCUUCCCUCUUUGCCUUAUAACUUUCUACAAGAUUUCUAGGCAUUAAACUCGUCACUGCCUGGCCAGUCAAGUAUUCGAUGGUCCAACACCCUUUACACUGGAAAGUUCUAGGUACGGGCGCUAUUAGAGAUUCGGGCCCCUGGCGGUUCUGUAGUAGAAUAGAAGUUGUGAACUCCGCUCUCUAUAAUCUACUAUAUUUGAACUGUGAUAGAUUGUGCUCCUGUAUCCAUCAGCGGUAUGUAUAACACUGUGUACUUCGUGAUGUGCCUCUGUCUCAAUGAAAUUAUUUAUUUGUUGUGUGGCUGUUCUAUGUCAUGAGAGGGAAUUAUUUUAAUAAAAAAAAAAAAGUACUUUAAUGUGAUACCUUA